AUGGAAUUGACCUGUGUGUGUCUGGUGCCCUCUGCAGGAGAGCAGUGCCCUGUUCUGCUGCCUGGACUGCUCCUGGUGUCAAAACCCUGUGGCCACCGUGUCGACACCCUCUGCUUCCUGACCCAGAACUAUCGCCAUGCCUACAACCUCAUCCAGAAGUUGUAUCCUUUCUGCUUGUCUUUGAUAUACAUUUUGCAUAUCAGCAUUGUUGCACCUCAUAGUGUAUGUCUAUUGGUGUGUAUGUUCUACUAUAUUUCCUUGAUGUUAGCCAUGUAGUGGUGACUUGGAGGUGACUGUGGACUUCCUCAUGGAUGUGGACAAGCUGGUUUAGUUGAUCGAGAGCCCCAUCUUUACCUGUGAGUCUCACAGCACCAAUAUUAGACCUGAACACACACACACUGAACCGCAUCACACAGCACUACACACACACACACCUGUCUCUCACCUUUCUGUGUUUGUCUAGAUUUGCGUCUUCAGCUGCUGGAUGUGGAGAACAACCCGUACCUGAUCAAGGCCCUGUACGGCAUGCUGAUGCUGCUGCCCCAGAGCCUUCCAGCUUCUCUCCCACCGCCUGUGCUGUGUGCCUAACCCAGAGCUCAUGAGGACAGUGUGAGUAGUAAUAAUGAUUGUGUUCAUGUGGUAUGCCCACAGUGUGCAGCAUUCCAUUCCCAUGGUCACUGCCACUACAAUAUUCUGCCCAAUAUUGUUUUUUAUUUUAUUCCCAUGCAAAUGUAUUAGUACAAUUUCUUACAUCUGAUUGUUUUUGGUUUCAGGGAUGAGUCUAAGCCUGUUAGCAUCAAGCGUCCGGCAUACGCCCACAUGGACUACAAUGACCUGUUGUAG